UAUGCGGAGACAUGUAAGAUGGCAGAGCUGCAGAUGUUGUUAGAGGAAGAGAUUCCUGCCGGGAAGAGCGCUCUGUUGGAGAGUUACCAGAACCUGAGCAGGGUCGCGGAUUACUGCGAGAACAACUAUGUCCAGGCGCAGGAUAAGAGGAAGGCGCUGGAGGAGACCAAAGCGUACGCGACCCAGUCUCUGGCCAGCGUCGCCUACCAGAUCAACGCCUUAGCCAACAAUGUUCUACAGCUGCUGGACAUCCAGGCCUCGCAGCUCCGCCGCAUGGAGUCCUCCAUCAACCACAUCUCACAGACAGUGGACAUCCAUAAGGAGAAGGUGGCCAGGCGAGAGAUCGGCAUCCUGACCACUAACAAGAACACGACCAGGACGCAUAAGAUCAUCGCUCCAGCCAACAUAGAGAGGCCGGUGAGGUACAUCCGAAAACCGAUCGAUUACACCAUGUUGGACGACGUGGGGCACGGAGUUAAGUGGCUAAAAGCCAAGCAACAUGGAAACAACCAAUCAGUCAGAGGAGGAACGCUAUCGAGGACCAAUCCGCCGACACAGAAGCCACCCAGUCCGCCCAUGGCAGGGCGUGGCACUCUGGGGCGUAACACUUCGUAUAAAACUCUUGAGCCAGUAAAACCUCCCACAGUGCCUAACGACUACAUGACCAGCCCCGCUCGCCUCGGGACGCACAGCCCGGGACGCACGGCCUCGCUCAGCCAAAGACCAAGAACCCACAGUGGUAGCAGUGGGGGUAGUGGCAGUCGUGAGAACAGCGGAGGCAGCAGUAUUGGCAUUCCCAUCGCCGUGCCGACUCCCUCCAUCCCUAACUCUGGCCCAGUUCCUUCAAUGUUUGCUCCGCCCCCACCUCCGCCUCCACCCAUGUUUGGGGCCCCAAUGGCUAUAGGGCUCGGUCCAGCCCCCGUCUCUCAGUUCGGCACGGUAUCGCGACAGAUGUCCCGCCACAACUCCACCACGUCGUCAAUGUCCACGGUUUCAGCCACGGGGACGUACCGGCGCGCGCCGUCUCUCUCCUCUCAGCUCCCUCUGCAGCACACUAACGUCAACGGUGCUGCUCCGGCCGCCUUUACGCACAACUCAAUGUCUGUUGCUCCCCCGCCUCCCCCCAUGCUCAUUCCACAGAUUCCCCUCACCGGCUUUGUGGCCCGGGUGCAGGAAAACAUCGCCGACACCCCGACUCCACCCCCUCCGCCGCCGCCUGACGACGUGCCCAUCUUCGACGAGGCUCCGCCCCCUCCACCUCCACCUCCUGUGGACUACGAGGAGGAGGAAGCGGCCGUGGUGCAGUACAGUGACCCGUACGCCGACGGAGACCCCCAGUGGGCCCCUAAAAACUACAUCGAGAAAGUGGUGGCCAUCUACGACUACACCAAGGACAAAGACGACGAGCUGAGCUUCACCGAAGGCGCCAUCAUCUACAUCAUCAAGAAGAACGACGACGGCUGGUUCGAGGGAGUGUCCAGCGGGGUCACCGGCCUCUUCCCCGGCAACUACGUCGAACCCAUCAUGCACUACGCUGACUGACCAGGCCGGGAGUAGCUCUAUAAGACGCGUACACGAGUGUGUGUUAGGGGGUGAGCGGGCGCCGGCUCCUGGGCUCGGAGUGUAUGAGGGAGCGGAGAGAGACGGCGUGGUCUGUAAAUACGAUGAGUCGGGCGUUUUUAGUAUUUUUUUACAGCGAAUGUUUGAUCACGUCGCGAUGCAAAAAGUCUGCGAUUUGAAAUUUGAACCCAGUCCGAGGUGUUUAUGAUGAACAUGUACGAGACCGAGUUCUAGACUAUACAUUAUAGAUAACACUGAUCUAACACGGCAGUAAGUCUGAAAUGUGAUUCCGAUCCUGACAUGAAGCAUGCCUACGACUUUUAUAUGUAUAGAAACGUCGAGAUUUAAUUCAAACAAAAAAUUAUGUUUUGGGGAUUUUUUUUUUUUUUUUUUUUCCCGUCCUGAUACUUGAAGGUAUUAAUGGACGUCUUACAUUUGAUUUUAAUACUUCGAUAUUAUCCGAUCGAUCCCUCUGAUCCCGAUCCUUUUCUUUUUCUUUUUAAAUACAGAACAGUGAUUGAUUUUUCUUCUCUCUGCACGAUGAACAGAACCGGAGCUGUAGAUUGCUUACGCUGUAGACUCUAAAGUUACGAAAAGUGUGUUAAUCAGUAUACAAUCCAAACCUGCCGGUGAUCGGCCAGAUAAUAACUGCCAAGGGAUUUCGGAGAACUGGUUCGUAAUCAAAAGCCAGGGAAAUAUCGACAAUAAAUUUUGUAAAUGUCUGUGAAGAUCACCGGUUUUCCUCUGAUCCAUUCGUUCACGUCAUUAACGUCACCGUGUCCAGAAUUGUCCACGGGAUGCUGUGACUCGACUCCUUCCCAAAUCUAACCCCAGGACCAGAGGGUUUAUUGUAUUAUGUUUUUUUUUGUUUGUUUGUUUUGAAAUAAACCCAUCCCAGGUAUUUUCAACUGCA